AUGGAGAUCUCCUCUCACCAGUCCCACCUCCUGCAACAACUAAACGAACAACGCAGGCAAGAUGUCUUUUGUGAUUGCAGCAUUCUGGUUGAAGGGAAGGUCUUCAAAGCGCAUCGAAAUGUAUUAUUUGCUAGCAGUGGCUAUUUCAGAAUGCUUCUUUCUCAGAAUUCAAAGGAGACCAGUCAACCCACUACAGCUACAUUUCAGGCUUUCUCCCCCGACACUUUUACGGUUAUCCUGGACUUCGUCUAUUCCGGCAAACUCUCUCUUACUGGUCAGAAUGUCAUAGAAGUGAUGUCAGCUGCUAGCUUCCUUCAGAUGACUGAUGUCAUUAGUGUAUGUAAGACCUUUAUUAAAUCUUCACUAGACAUUAGCGAGAAAGAAAAAGAUCGCUAUUUCAGUCUCUCCGAUAAAGAUGCUAAUUCUAACGGUAUAGAACGUUCCUCCUUUUAUAGUGGUAGCUGGCAAGAAGAAAGCGGUUCUCCACAUUCUCACCUAAGCCCAGAUCAAGGAACAGGUAUAAUAAGUGGGAAAUCUUGGAGCAAGUAUAAUUACCAUCCAGCCUCCCAAAGGAACACCCAACAACCUUUGGCCAAGCAUGAACAAAGGAAAGACUCCAUUAAAAAGUCCAAACAUUGGAGGUUGUCACAGCCUUCUGAAGUUGCUCAUUAUAAGUCUAGCAAACGAGAAGCUCGGACAUCGGAUUCUUCCGGCCACAUUUCCCAGUCGGAAGAACAAGCACAAGUUGAUGCUGACAUGGACUCUACUCCUGUUGGCUAUCCGUAUGGUCCAGGAUCUGAUGUCACAUCCAGAAGCUUUCCAGAUGAUCUGCCCAGGAUGCGGUUCAAGUGCCCGUACUGCACACACGUGGUGAAGCGGAAAGCAGACCUCAAGCGCCACCUUCGCUGCCAUACGGGAGAAAGGCCCUAUCCGUGUCAAGCUUGUGGGAAAAGAUUUAGCAGGCUGGACCAUCUAAGUAGCCAUUUCCGAACUAUUCACCAGGCAUGCAAACUAAUCUGCAGAAAAUGCAAACGCCACGUGACUGAUCUAACAGGGCAAGUGGUCCAGGAAGGAACCAGGCGCUACAGACUCUGUAACGAGUGCCUUGCUGAAGUUGGCAUAGACAGCCUCCCCAUUGAUUUGGAAGCUGAACAGCAUCUUAUGUCCCCAUCAGAUGGAGAUAAGGAUUCCAGAUGGCACUUGAGUGAAGAUGAGAAUAGAUCAUACGUGGAGAUUGUAGAGGAUGGGUCUGCUGAUCUGGUCAUACAACAGGUUGAUGAUAGUGAAGAAGAAGAAGAAAAGGAAAUAAAACCCAACAUUAGGUAG